AUGCCUGUUUUUUUCCGCUGGAUACGACGGCGUCGCCAGCGUAGCAGAGGAAGCAACGGAGAAAACAGUGACAGACUGAGGGACAUCCUUGUUGCCACAGCAACUAGCGGAGACACGGAGCACCGCGGCGGAGAUGGGACCCCGGCCUCACUCUCCGGGCUGUCGGACUAUAAAACAAAGGAGAAGAGGGCGUUGGGAGGGGAGGAGGGGGUCCUGGUGUGGCUGGGAGUGGACUUUUUUGUGGCCUGUGAUGAGCUCUGGGGGCUGGUGUGGGAUAUGUGCGGAAUACAAAAUGUGGCACGGCACCGUCUCCCCAGUUUGCUGUACGGGCUCCAUCCUCCUCCUUCUCCUCCUCCUCCGCCGCCGUUAGCUGCGGACAUGUCCUUCGGUUUGUUAAAGCCACAGCACAACAUUCAGCUCUCCAAGCAUGCUACAGUAGUGACAGUAUCUCUCCACUCAACAGGAAGCAGGAUGUUCACAGGCUCCACCAAACUGCCACCCGCUAAAACCCCCCAGCCUGAGCGGCUGGAUGAAGUGUACGCUGCCUUACGCAGAGGCUUACAGUCGUACCUGCAGGUGCACCAGCUGGAGCUGGACAGUCUCGGUCAGCAGAUCAGAGAAAACAAGAGGAACGGUCGUUUGGGCUCUUUGUAUGAGCAGGACAAGCAAGUGAAAGCCAUUGAGAGGUUCAUGCGUCGCUUGGAGUUCCACUUGAGCAAGGUUGAGGAACUGUAUGAUGCAUACUGUAUACAGCGGCGGCUGCGUGAUGGGGCAAGUAAGAUGGUGGCAGCUUUUAACUCCGCCACCGGCAGCAGGGAGGCCAGAGAGAGCCUGAGUGAAGCCAACAAGGGCUACAGGGAAUGUACAGAGCACAUGUGCUCACUUGAGAGUGAAUUGGAAAGCCAGAUGGGAGAAUUUCACAUCAAGAUGAAGGGCCUUGCUGGCUUUGCACGGCUGUGCGCUGGCGACCAGUAUGAGGUCUUAAUGCGCUAUGGGCGGCAGCGCUGGAGGCUACGAGGCCGAGUGGAAGUUAGCAACAAGCAGAUGUGGGACAGCGAAGAGUACAUUUUCCUGCCUCUCAUCACGGAACUGCUGUCAAUCAAGGUGACAGAGCUGAAGAGCCUGGCCAAUCACGUGGUGGUAGGUAGUGUCUCCUGCGAAAUGCUCGACCUGUUCUGCCCACUUCCCCAGACGCUGGCCGUGGAUAUCAACGACCUCGGGACAGUGAAGCUGAACUUGGAGGUCACCUGGAGUCCAUUUGAUAAGGAUGACCAGACAUCGUCCACCAGUACAGUUUCCAAACGUCUCCUGUCCAAUCAGAGCCCUCCUGACACGCCGUCAAUGCGGGAGCAGGUGUUCUAUUCUCUGCUGAAGCGGCAGGGAGAGAUGGAGAACGGGACCGUCUGGUCCAACUCCUCUGAAUCCUCCGAUGACUCCUCCAGUCCGGCCCUGGCUCACCACACUCAGAGGCUGUCGGCCUCUAACAUGCUGCAACCCACUCUUACCACUCAACUGUCGUUCACGCCGCACAAGUCCAGCGCGUCGACCCCGUCGCUCUCAUCCAACCAAGAAGAGGACGAGACAGAAGCCAACGAGACUUUCUCUCAGAUCGACUCUGUGCCCAACGGCCAUCUGCAGACUUCCUGUUCUCACAGCCACACUGGCGAAAGCAGCUCAGACUGUAAUGUGACGGACAGAGCGUCUGUCCAAUCGGCUGACCUUUCUGAAACCUCAGUGGACCUGAGCUGCUCGUGCCCUGACGUUUCCUCUGUAGCUCCUGUGUCGCUGGUGGAGAGAACAGAUGCCCCUGAAUGUGGCAGCCAACAAGUGUGUAUUUCAGCAGAGGAGGUAAAGGAUGAUCCAUCUGAGGACUCGACAGAACAGACUGAAGUAGAAACAGAGGACAAAACCACUGAGGAACACAGACAACCACAUGAAGCCGUCCAAGAGUUAAAACAAUCAGGGGAGCCGCCGACAGUGCCCUUCCCUACUUCUACUAGUUUCACUCAGGAAGUCGAGACGGCGCUCGGUAGUUUCGACUUUCUCAACUGCUCUGACCUUGAGGAAGAUGAGGAGGAACAGGAAGAAGAGCAACAAGAGGAAGACGAAGGAGAAAAGGAUGAAGAGGGCGGGCAGCAAGAAGAGGACCAAAGCAAAGUGGAGGAAGAGAAAGUAGACGAGGAAGAAAAGCAUGUAGAGAACUUCUACUGUGGAGAAAGUGACGAGGAGGAAGCAGAGGGUCUAGAAAUCCUCAUGGAGGCUCCAGAAGGAUUCAGGAACUCAGAUGAGGAUCGUUUCUCUGAAUCACAGGAGUCGAGUGGGGAGGACGUGCAGGAUUUGGGUCAGAUGGAAAUGCCUGAGGAGGAGGAGGAGGCGGCAGAAGAGCACGGCAAGGAAAAGGGAGAUGAACAACACGGAGAGGACACGUCACAUGAUCAGGAGGAGCGUCCCUCCACUCCCACCCAUUUGGCCACUACUGUCUUCUGAUGACACAGUGGAACCACAGCUAAACCAUUUCCUCCCUCUCUGAUCUGCUCAUGCCAUUUACCACUUACUGCGGGAUUGGACGCCUUGAGGAUGUUCCAUUUACUGCUCAGACAAACAAGCUCUUCCAUUACUGCCGAGUUUGUGCACAUAAUUUGCCUUGUUCUGACCAAGAACGAUAAACCUUGGGGUUUCUGCACCUCAGAUAUGACUGAAAAUCCCCCCUUCCCAUACACACACACACACACACACACACACACAUCUCCCUCCAAAGUCCACAAUCUUUCAACAUACACUCCAUCAUGUUGCCUAAGUUAAAGUGGGAUACCACUUCGUUUACACAUUCACUAACUGUUCCUGUCAUGUGAAAGUCCAGUGUCCUAAAUGUCGAC